CCCAACGUACAUGCUGUCAAACCAAGCGAGUGACCACAUCAGCCUGCAAAGGUUCGCCGGCUGUGAGACUGCUGGCUCAUCCAUUGCUAGCUUUUGUCCAUCGGCUGUUCGCACGUUUUAAUAACCGUCGUCAUAUUCUUUUGUGAAUUGUUGGCCUCGUCUUCGCCGCCCACUGACAAUGGCUGAUCCUAAAUACGCAAACUUGCCAGGAAUUGCCUUUAACGAGCCGGACGUGUACGAGACUGGAGACCUUCCAGAAGACGACCAGGCUCAGUUUGAGUCGUUUGUACAAGAGCUGGAGGAGCUUUGCAGUGACAGCGUAGAGAGGAUUGUGGUCAACCCCAACGCAGCCUACGACAAGUUCAAAGACAAGCAUGUCGCCACGAAAGGACUUGACUUCUCAGACAGAAUUAGUAAAAGCAGAAGAGUUGGCUAUGAAUCAGGGGACUUUGAAAUUCUUGGAGAGGGCUGUGGGGUGAAAGAGACUCCUCAGCAGAAGUACCAGCGCCUGGUGAAUGAGAUCCAGGAACUCAUUCAGGAUGUAGAUACAAUCCAGGCUGCCACAAAGGAAAGCAAUGUAGAGGAGCGCCUGACCCCAGUCGUGCUUGCUCAGCAGGCAGCUCAACUCAAACAGCAGCUGGUUUCUGCCCAUCUCGACUCACUGCUGGGACCACAGGCACACAUCAACCUGGCUGAUCCAGAUGGAGCUCUGGCUAGGCGUCUACUCACUCAGCUGGAAGUGGCCAAGGGCAGCCGUGGAGGCCCUGCAGGAGACAGCAAGCAGGCAGCAGCAGCUAAGGGCCCAGAUGGAGUUGUACUCUAUGAGCUCCACAGCAGACCAGAGCAGGAGAAAUUCAACGAGUCUGCCAAGAUGGCAGAGCUGGAGAAGCGUCUAGCUGAGCUUGAGAUUGCUGUUGGCUCAGGAUCAGACAAGCAGGGACCUCUGAGUGCCAGUGUACAAGGAGCCAGUUUGAUGGACACCAUAGACCUGAUGCAGGCAAGGGUCAGUGCACUGGACUCUGGUACUCUGGAUCAAGUGGAGGCAAGGCUGCAGAGUGUCCUUGGGAAGAUGAAUGAGAUUGCGAAACACAAGGCAACAAUUGAGGAUGCUGAUACACAAAACAAGGUCUCGCAGCUUUAUGAUGUGAUGCAGAAGUGGGACGCCAUGUCCACCUCUGUGCCUCAGGUGGUGCAGAGACUUGUCGCCGUCAAGGAGUUGCACGAGCAAGCCAUGCAGUUUGGCCAGUUGCUGACCCACCUGGACACCACUCAGCAGAUGAUCAACAACUCUCUGAAGGACAAUAACACUCUGUUAACACAGGUCCAGCAGACGAUGAAGGAAAACCUGGUGGCUAUUGAAGAAAACUUUGCUUCACUAGAUCAGAGGAUGAAGAAGCUCUCUAAAUAAAUGAUGGCAGAGUGGGGGCUGGUCCAGGAGAGUGUAAAACAUGGACAAACAAAAGCAAGCUCGAUAGCACUGAGAGAGGACUCUGGUUUUUUUUUUAAACACUGUCCUUUCUGGUUAUCCCUCUCCUGAUCUCUGCUCAUGCCUCUGCCUUUUUUCACAGAGUGGGCUGUUAGUUUGGAAAAGUUUUGGGGGUAAAAAGGUAUCACAAAAAAGAAGACCAAAUAUUUUUGUCCACCCUCCUUUCCUCUUCUUUUCUUUUGUGUCAAAUUGAUAGCAACUGUAAACCCGUUUCUCCACUUUAUACAUAUGCCACUCGCUGAGAGCAGUCCCCCUGCUUACUGCAUUUUAGACUGGAUUGAUUUUAUAAUUAUUAGGGUUAAACUUAAGAAAAAAAUUCCUCUGGACCCUCACUACAUUGUUGGAUUUGUACUGUAUACGUUGGUCAAAAUUAAAUGGAUCACGGUUAUUGUUGGAUUGAUGGUUGACACGUUAAAAUGUGGCCAGGUAUGUACAAAAAAAAAACAAAAACAUCUGUUGUCCUUUUCUGUUGUAGCCGGAGUGUCAGGUUCAAGUCAUACACAGAAAGCUUGUAAAUAAAAAAAUGCUUCACGCACAGUCGCUUGUAACUAUAUUAUUAUGACUGAGACCAGAUCCCACAGAUACAGACACUUUUAAUCUGCUUCAUCAUCACCUACAAGUGAACUGUAUUGCUCAUCUGUGGUCAUGGAAACCGAUCAAUAAAUAAAACAGAAGUGAAUACGC